CGACACGCGACAUGGCAGAGGGAUCGCCCACCCUCACGCGCAUGCCUUCGCUGGCGAACUGGGUCAACCCCAGUGCGUCGGUGUCACCGCGUCCAUCCAGGGAAUCCGUAUCUCCCGAGCGCGAGCAGGACACGGGGAUAACCCUCAUCCCUACCGGCCGGUUCGGGUUUCCGACCCAAGCAAUGCUCGCGGCGGUUCAGGCGCAAGGGGAGCAAGACACGGAGGGGCCGCCGCCUCCGAGCCCUCCCCCGGAGUUCGCUGGGGUCUUCAAGCCGCGAAUAAAGCCCAAGCUUCCCCUGGACCACGUCGUCAUGAUGCACCAGGCGUACGUGGAAACCAACCCGGUGCCCAAGUCUUGGGACGAAGGGCCGCCGUUGGACAACGGCGGGGCGUCGGCAGGGGCGACUUCGGACGCGAAGGGCGAGCACAAGAAGGUCGCGGCGCCUCCUAAGGCGGAUAAGAAGGAAUCCCCGGUGAGUCCGAGGAAGCGUAAGGCGCCGGCCGCGAAGAAGGCGCCCGAGGUCACUCGCCGGGUUAGUCGCCGGCUCCAGGCUAAGAAUGGGGGGAAAUGAAGUCAGCCAGCUCCAGGCUGCCAGCAAAAGCCCGCGAGGGGAACAGAGUCGACGAUUGUAUCUACGAGUAGUCACAU